AACCCUGAGAUGAUGGAGGAAAACGCAUACGUGGAUUUGGUGUAAACCCAGACUUUAAUCUUCAUUGGAAUACACAGGAGACACAGAGAUACAUCGAGGAACAGUGGGGGAGCGAAACUGACGCCCACCUACACACAGCAGCAGCAGCUGCCGCGGCGUGUGACAGGACCUGAUAGAAAGAUCUGCUGGUGACAUUCUGCUGCACAGAUGGGGACCCGCAAAAUGUAACAAGGACAAAAGAAUUUAAAUUGCUUUAUAUACCAUGCUUCUCCACGCUGGGCUUCUGUGGUUUUGUUUAAUGAUAACAAGAAGUGUUGGGAUUUCUUCAUUUCCAGAAGAGGCAGAACCUAUUGCUACAGUUGGGGUUGAAGAUCUCAAGACAUAUCCUGUAUUUAUUGGGAGUGGUCCCAAUAGAACUCCUUCAAAGAAAGGCUGCCACUUAAACAUUCAAAAAUUUCUAAAGGUGAACAGGACACUGUACAUUGGAGACAGGGAUGCUCUCUAUCAAAUGUUGCUGGAUACCAAUACUCUAGAAUUGAAGUACCAAAAGAAAUUCAUCUGGAAAUCAAGUAAUCAAGACAUACAUGUGUGUCGUAUGAAAGGAAAACAGGAGGAGGAGUGCAGAAACUUUGUGAAAGUCCUUCUUUUGCAUGGAGAAACCCUGUUUGCUUGUGGAACAAAUGCUUUCAACCCCAUAUGUGCAGACUUCAGUUUUGAUUUGCAAGAAAAAGUUGGAGAAGUAAUAAAUGGAAUGGCUCGGUGUCCAUAUGACCCAAAACAUGGAAAUGUGGCUUUAUUUGCAGAUGGAAUGCUGUUCACUGGUACAGUAACAGAUUUUCUUGCAAUUGAUGCUGUUGUUUAUCGCAGUCUUGGUCAUCUUCCAACCCUACGAAGUAUUAAACACGACUCAAAAUGGUUUAAGGAUCCAUAUUUUGUCAGUGCUGUGGAGUGGAAGGAUCAUGUUUAUUUCUUCUUCAGGGAAAUAGCAAUGGAGUUCAACUACUUUGAGAAGGUGAUUGUGUCACGUGUUGCUCGUGUGUGCAAGAAUGACAUGGGGGGAUCUCAACGUGUUCUGGAAAAGCAGUUUACUUCCUUCCUAAAAGCUCGCCUCAAUUGUUCCAUCCCUGGAGACUCUCAUUUUUACUUCAAUGUAAUACAGUCAUCCAGUGAAAUUCUAAUGCUGGAAGGAAAAGCAGUUGUUAUUGCCCUCUUCUCUACCCCAGAUAACAGUAUACAGGGCUCUGCUGUUUGUGUAUUUGACAUGGAACAAGUGGCCUUGAUAUUCUCUGGUCGGUUUAAAGAGCAGCGUACUUCGGAUUCUGUAUGGACACCUUUUCCAGAGGAACUAGUCCCAAAGCCACGCCCAGGUAGCUGUGUUCGUCCUUCAAUGCACUAUAAUUCUUCUCGUAGUCUCCCUGAUGAUGUGCUGAAUUUUGUAAAGUCCCAUCCUUUGAUGGAGGAUUCUGUGCCCUCUGUUGGAGGUGUUCCCUGGUUAACACGUACACUGUCACGGGAUCAGCUAACACACAUUGCUGUGGAUGCAUCUUGUGGUAUAUUUGGAAAUGAAACAGUUAUUUUUCUUGGCUCCAACUCUGGAAUUGUCCUUAAGUAUCUUUUGAUUCCCAAACUGGGUAUAAUUGAAAGUGAUAUCUACAAGCACAGCAUUUUGCUUGAAGAGAUAAAGACAUACCCUACAGACAGAUGUGGUGAGAAGGAAGAUGAACAGAAAAUUGUAGGUCUUGAAGUAGACAAGGGGUCAGGAUCUCUCUUAGUGGUGUAUUCCAGAUGUGUGGUUAAAGUACCUCUUGCUCGUUGCGAUAGACAUAAUGGAUGCAUGAAAAGUUGUCUAGGAACACGUGACCCCUAUUGUGCAUGGGAUCCAGUAAACAGCCACUGUGUAUUUAUUCCUCUAAGAUCCAGGAUGCACCAUGAGCAAGACCUUCAUGGAGAACAAACAUUGCAACUUGGGAAUUGUGAUGGUUCCAUGAUGUCCUGUGCCAGAUAGAGCCGUAGCUAGCUCUUUUUGCUCCAUCUGUAAUGUGCAUGUAACAAUGUUUAGCACUUAUCUGAUCACCUUGUAGUUUGCAGACAUUGUUUAAAGACUUUUUAUAAUUUAUGAACAGUGACUUGUAAAUUUUGAAAUAACAUUUUAUAGAAUUUAAAUAAAUAAUUUUCAUUCAUAAAGGCCAGGUAAGAAGUCCAGAAUGGAAGAUAACUCUUGUCACUACAUUCUCAUGGCAUGAAGGACAUUUCCAAAAGAAUCUGCAUGUCAUACUGAAUAGCAGUAUUAUUUCACUAACCCAGCAUGUGGUUACAGCAAGGCAAAGUGUUCUACACCCUGUAACACUCACAUUUCAGAAGAUGUGCCUUUGGUUUUCACCAGAACCCGCUGCAAAGCAGGAUGGACUUGCUGUGGCAGGCGGCACCCAGGCACAGCUUGACCACACAGGCGGCUGAGGAAAUGCAAGGCACCGGAGGGAUAAGGCAGCUCGUAGUCAGGAUAGGAGAAGGUCAGGGCAGGCGGCACAGUAGCAUAGUCAGGAACGUAGCAAAUGGUCAGUAGGCAGGCGGCAAGGAGCAAGGUCAGGUCAUGGAGCAAAGGAUCAGAUACACAGCAAGGCAAUAACAGGAAUGCUUUCUCUCAGGCUCAAGGCAACAAAAAUCUGGCAGGGAAGUGAGGAGGGUGGAUAAAUUUAACAAUGAGCCACAGGUGUAUUACACUAAUGAGUGCACUGGCCCUUUAAAUCUUAAAGCUCUGGCACGCGCGCGCCCUAGGAGACAGGGACAUGUGUGCCCGAGCAGAGAGGCAGAGGCGUGGGCAGGAGAAGCACCAGGUGAGUGAUGGACUGGGGCUCGCAUGCGGGCGCAUCCCGUGAUGCGAGUUCCAGCCCCGUCAGAUGCAGCAGGUAAAGGGACCAUGCGCGUAUGCGCCAGGAAUGCAUAAUGUAACAGUACCUCCCCCCUUUGGUCCCCCCCUCCUUUUACGAGUCACAAAACUCCUGAGAAGGUCACGGUCCAGGAUAUUCUCAGGCUCACAAGAUCUCUCCACAUGGCCGUAACCCUCCCAGUUGACCAAAGAAAAUUGUUUACCUCUCACAGUUUUUGUAGUAAGAAUAUCUUUAACCUUGAAGAUGUCAAAAGAGCCGGAGACAGGUGUGGGGACAAGAUUUUUCUGAGAAAACCGGUUUAUGACAAGACCAAUAGUGGAAUAGGAAAAUAACCCUUUGAUGCCGCUGCUGGUUCCAAUGAUGAUGGUAAGAAAAAAACUAGCCAGAGAUGUAGGUAAUAUAAAUUAAAAUAUAUAAUAAACUGUCCAGUGCUUUGUAAGAACAUAAAAACAAACAAAAGGAUUACGCAUUUUAGGGGAGUGUCACCCUUCAUCAGAUCAUGUGUCAGAGGUUUUUAUACAAAGAGAAAAGGGCGCCCAAACUGUACUGGGAGGGGCUUAGCACAGGUGUGACACAUGUUGCAUGUAAAAGCGGGUUUCAAAAUAGCAUAAUUCAACACGGUAUAGGGAGAUCGGCAUGAAGGAGCUUAGGGUAGGGUGAAACGUAUGUAAAAAGGUGUUUGGAACAGUAUUUAAUAAAAUAUUACAUCUGUCUGCCGCUGACACCUACAUCCGGAGUCCAGAUGUAAACAUCCAGGCUCCAGAUGCGUGCGCCGCCAGCCAGGAUAGCUCUGGAUUGUGAUCCCCGCAGCAAAGUUGGUUGCUGGGCACGCAUUUCUAGGGGGCGGGUGUCACAUGACCCGCUCCGGCCAAUGAGCAGUAAGCUAUGCUUGAGAUGUGUGUAGAUGCCGGCACUUGUUAGAAAGAUGUCUGUGAGACACGGAGCUGAUUAUAGAAUAUAUUAGAGAUAUUAGAAUAGUAGCAAUGCCAGAUGACAGUGCAGUAGGACAGCAGCAUGUGUGUGGGCAUUUCAUAGUGCCUGGAACAAUUGUGGCUGGGAUAAGUAUGUAAGGGGGCAUGUCCUCGGCUGACAGCUGUCAGCAACAAUAUAUCACUGACAGCCGUCAGUGUCAGCAAUGCAGUGUGUGAUGGGUAUAUCAGAUAGUUUUGGGGGAUAAGUGAUGAUGUAUGAUAUGGUGCAUAAACAUACGCAUCCGGAGCCCGGAUGUUUACAUCUGGACUCCGGAUGAAGGUGUCAGUGGCAGACAGAUGUAAUAUUUUAUUAAAUACUGUUGUUAAGGAUAGGUUAAUGUGCGGCCUUAAUCUUUGAGUGACUACCGCUGUACUAUUUUGCCGAGCGUCGAUGUAAGAAAAU